AAGAAUCUAAAACUUUUGCUUAAAAACCAAAAAAAAAAAAAAGAGUUUAAUUCAUUUCUUCAAAUGGCGACGAGCAAGUGCUACUAUCCACGACCAAGCCACCGUUUCUUCACCACAGACCAACACGUCACCGCCGCGUCCGAUUUCGAGCUAGACGAAUGGGAACUUUACAAUACCGGUUCAGAUUCACCUUCAAAUUUCAGCUUUAGUGAUCUUACAAUCACAUCCGGUCGAACCGGAAAUAACCGGAAAAUUCACGGUGGUUCUGGUGCCGGUUCCGGUACAGCUGCGUCUUCGCUUCCGGUUAACGUACCGGAUUGGUCUAAGAUUCUUGGAGACGAGAGUCGACGACAGAGAGAGAUUUAUAAUGAGGAAGAAGUCGAUGAAAAUGAAAUUUCAUGCGGCGGAGGAAGACGGCGUGUUCCGCCGCAUGAAUUGCUUGCGAACCGGAGGAUGGCUUCAUUUUCGGUUCAUGAAGGUGCUGGGAGGACAUUGAAAGGAAGAGAUCUGAGUAGGGUGCGAAAUACAAUUUUUAAAAUUAGAGGGAUCGAAGAUUAAUUAUCUUUUGGGUACUUCUUUUAAUCUUUGUUUAAAUUGGGGGUUACAUAUAGAAAUAUAAGGGGCUUAAAUCA